AAAACCCCCCUCCUAAUUGUAUAUAAACAUGUUUAUUCUUUUAAUCUUCUUUUCUUUCAUCAUGAGAGUUAUCCCUAGUACACAAUUAUCUGAAGCAGCAAAAAUUUCAGAUGCCUGGGAUGAUUUCUUAAAGCAGAAAUACGGUGGCAAGAACAGUUCCAACAAGGAAACAAGUGCCUUUCGAGACUACACAGUAGCAGCCACAGAGCAACCUACUGUCGCUGCAUUCUAUAAAGAGAAUCAUGAAAAACAAACAGUGGAACAUGUCUUGGCUAAAAAGAAGCUCUAUGGUAGUCUAACACAUGGAAAAAUGGGUAUCUGGGACAUGCUGGAGUUGAUGAAUACCAUGGUAGAUGAAUCGGAUCCUGAUACAAGUCUAUCUCAAAUUGUGCAUUCACUUCAAUCUGCUGAAGCAGCCAGAAGAGACAGUCAGCCAAGAUGGCUCAUUUUGACUGCCCUGAUUCAUGAUUUAGGCAAAUAUUUGUUCUUUCUAGGUGAACCACAAUGGACAGUUGUAGGCGAUACAUUUCCUGUUGGAUGCCAAUUCUCAGAUAAGAUUGUUCAUGCUGAAUACUUGAAGGAGAACCCUGAUAGUCAUCAUCCAGUGUAUUCUACUCGCUUUGGUCUCUACAGCCCCAACUGUGGUCUAGAUCAGGUUCAUAUCAGCUAUGGUCAUGAUGAAUAUCUUUACCAAGUAUGUAAGAACUAUUUGCCUAAAGAAGCUGCCUACAUUAUUCGAUACCAUUCAUUCUAUUCUUGUCAUAAAGAAGGCCAAUAUGGUUGGUUAUUAAACCAAGAGGAUGUUAACAUGAUGAAAUGGGUCAAGAUAUUCAAUCAGUAUGAUCUUUAUUCUAAAGCUGAAGAGAAACCUAAUGUAGAAGAACUGAAGCCAUUUUAUAUGGCAUUGAUUAGCGAAUAUUUUCCUUCCAAAAUUAAAUGGUGACAUAAACAUUUAACAUUUAAGCAUGGUUGUGCAACUAUCC